AACAGGCAACCUCACAGAGACUUGAGUACUUCAGUGUAGGUUUGGCCCAGUGCCUGAUAGGCCUCCCAGCCUGGCCUCCUCAUCCUCUUUAGUUUUUAAAUCCUUCUCUGAAGGUCCUUUUCAUGCCUUAACAAAGGAACCCUUCUCCAGCUAGUUUUGUCCUAAUCUACUGUGAUUCAACAUGCAGUGCCUGCUUGUUAGGGGGCGAUGUGUGUGUAUGUGUGAGUGUGUGUGUGUGAGAGAGAGAGAGAGAGAGAGAAACGGAAUGAGAAGAGGGUUAAGCCCCCCAAGUUCCAGCCUCCCUUCCCUUCCCCCUCCCUACUACCCAACCUUGCUGCACAGGAGACAGAAAUUUCUAUAAAAGGCCAAGGAAAGCAAAGUCCUUGACAUCUCAUACCCCUCCUACUUUUUCUGUGAGAUGCGUUACUGUUCAGUCUCUUCAAUCCCACUGACCUCUUACAAGUAGAUUUCAUAACUGUAGUGAUGGGAGCUCUUGAAUCAACAAUGCCUUUUCAUUACAUUCCUUCCAAGCAAUUCCAUUGAUCACAAGACUUGGGGCAGAGCUUAGGCAUGGGAUCCUAGCUUCCAACACACUCCUUUAUCCUGCGCGCUCUGAUACUUUCUCAUCCCCUUACGGUCUCAAUGGCAGGUUCCCCCUUGGACUUAGGAGGCUCUGUCCCACUUUAAAGCAGAGAAGUGGCAGUAUCUGAUAUUUCCUCCAAGUUGCUUAGGAUUCCCAGCUGAAGGAUGUCCACACAUGGAAGCAGCCUUCAUGCGAGCCUCACUUUGGCAGAGUGGGAGAUGCUUAACGCUCAUCGGUACACCGCUUUCCACGCUGCAUGCUUGGAUGUUGGUGGCGUUCUUUUGUUUUUAAUCAGCGCUCCUGCCCUAUUUACACCCCCACCACAUGUGAACAUAAUUCCCUGUUUCCUGGCAUCCCCUCCAACAGAACACCGAAUAGUCCUUGUUUAUUUGAUUUAACCUGACUGGUGUUAAAUACCAUCUCCAAAUUAAUUUAUAAUAAUUUUCUUUUCUUCUUAUAGACAACAUUUUCAGCGUACAAUUCUCCAAUAUUUCCCCCCAGCUUUGACUAUCUGCCCUGUUGUCUCCUUUUUCCCACACCUCUUUUGUCUUCUUGAUCCUCCAUUUCUACUCCAUUUUAUAAACUUCACUGGUAGACAGCCCUCCUGCCAAAGUUCUCAGGGCAGUAUACAAACAAUACCAUAAAAUGCAACUCAUAGCUCAUUCAUAAAAUGGCAGUGGACAGGGACCAACCAGCCAUCUCCAGUCCAAAAGCCACACAGAACAUAACAGGCUAUAUUCAGCCAGGACCCAUUGAAAUUAAUGAACCUAAGUUAGACAUGGCUGCUGACUUCAGUGAUUCUACUCUUGAGUAGCAAUUGUAUUGAUUACCACCCUAUGUUUUCUUAAAAACUGAACUCCAAAAGACAUCAACAAGUGGGGGGCAUGCGAACUUAUCUCAGUCCCAUAAACAAGGCGGCUAUGACUUACCACUGAGUGUGCCACACACAGAUGCAGCAGAUCUUGAGAUGCUAUUUGCAAUGGGUGCAGGGUGGUGGACACUUGAACUUCCCUAAGGAAAGGUGGGAUACAAAAUACUUUAAAUAAACUUCAGAUGUGCAUCUGAUUUACCCUGACGUGAUUAAACACUGGAAGGAUUUUUCAGUACCAGCCCUCCUCCUACCACACCCUCCAGUUGUUUUCCCUUCUCAAGAUUUUUAUUGUAUGUUUUAUGCUGUGCAUUGCCUUGGGGAACGUUUAAGAAGAAGGGUGGUAAUCACAUAAUAAAUGAAAUUGUUUUUAACAAAUAGUCUUGUUCCACCUCGAGCAUGAUCCGUGAGGACGGGUUUCAAGGAAAUGCAACUCUUGUAUCCUUGUAUCAGCUUCUUCAUCAUAGCCCAGCCCCUUAAGUCUAAGAUUUGUCCGAUUCCUCAAUACACAGCUCCUGAGAGAUUUAACUGGAAUUCAGCCGAGUGGAGGUUAACCGGGCAGAUUGCUUUGCAGCUGCAUCAAGGGUUAAUGCUGGGGCUGUGUCCCUGCCCCUUGGUGUCCACCGGGAAGCUGAUUGGUGAAAGCUCUGGCUUCUUGCCCUCCUGGACUUUGGCUAGGAGCAAAACUCUUGUCUGCUCUGUACAGCAGAAGCCAAGCAGGGUAAAGGGUCCUACACCCAGCAGAGACUAGCUGCUGCUUCUACCGCUGGAGUCUGCCAGGUUUAUCAACAGCUGCAUCUGGUGAGAAGGUCUUCGUUGAGACUCUACUAUGUUGUGUUGCUAUGCUCUGCUCUUCAGUAUCCUCUGGAUUGUGGUGUGGUUCUUGCGCGACCGGCGGACAUUGAGCUCCUACAAGGAUAAGUAUGUCUUCAUCACAGGCUGCGACACAGGUUUUGGGAACAUGCUGGCCAAGCGCCUCGACAAGAAGGGCUUCCACGUGCUGGCAGGAUGCCUAACCCAGAAGGGGGCCGAUAACCUGCAGCGGUCCGGCUCGCCGAACCUGCGCACCACCCUGCUGGACGUCACCAAUUCCGAGAGCAUCUCUAAAGCCGUGCAGUGGGUGAAAGGUGAAGUGGGCGAAAAAGGGCUCUUUGGCCUGGUGAACAACGCAGGUGUGGCCAACCCCAUUGGCCCCACAGAAUGGAUGAGCAUUGAGGAUUACCGCAAGGUCAUGUCUGUCAACACCUUUGGGGUCAUUGAGGUAUCACUGGCCUUCCUACCUUUGCUCAAGAGGGCACGUGGCCGAGUGGUCAACACCUCCAGCGUCUUGGGUCGCCUCUCAGCCAAUGGCGGUGGCUACUGUAUUUCCAAAUACACUGUUGAGGCCUUCUCCGACAGCCUCAGGAGGGAUAUGUACCAUUUUGGGGUAAAGGUCUCUAUUGUGGAGCCGGGCUUCUUCAAGACGGCUGUGACCAACCUUGAAACAAUAGAAGCCUCCUUAAGGCAACUCUGGGACCGAAUGAGCCCCGAGACUCGGCAGAGCUACGGUGAAGACUUCUUUCCAAACUCUAAGCAGCACAAACCUGCAAUGGUUUCUCCACGGUUCAAGUAUUUGCUUUAGUUCCUUGGUAGAGGCUCCCAAUACGGCUAGGGAUGAGCUAGCGCUGGAUCCCUAAACCCACACUACAACCUGCUAGGACGGCUGGCGCUUGCAGAGUUCCCUCCCUCCUUCCUUCCUUUGGUGGUAAUGUCUUGGCAUGCACAGCUUCUCAUAUGAGGUGGGUAGGAGGGAAGAGACAUACUUUGUAAGCUCAAGCAAAUCUUUCACCUUCUAAGUGGAGCUGGGCAGUUCAGCUCAGGCAUAGUGGUAUCAGCCAGUUUCAUAAUGGGGCUUAUAAAAGGAUCAAAUCCUUGGUGUACACUUAUUUAGAGGCAUGGGAUUAGGGGGAAAUCAACUGCUACAGGAGGGGCAACUGCAUUUUUUAUUUAUUUCCUUAUUUCAUUCAUAUAGCACCUUCCCCCCCCCACUAAGGAGCUCAAGGUUCUUCCAUCUCCAUGUUAUCCUCACAACAGCCCUGUGAAGUAGGUUAGGCCAAGAGACAGUGACUGGACACCCAGUGAGCUUCCUGGCGGAGUGUGGAUUCGAACUUUGGUCACCCAGGUCACAGUCCAACACUUUUAACCAUUACACCACACAGAUACGAAGAGGUCAUGUCCCCUGGGCAAAACCCACACAUGGUGCAAUCCAAGAUACGUGUUUCAUAAUGCAUGUAGAGCCAAGUUACUAGUUCCUCUGAAUUUAAGUGUUCCGGAAGCCAUCAAAGUACUCUGGAGCCAUAGUGUUACAUGCACUCCAAAAAAAGAGAGAGAGGAUUGUGCAGGUGACUCUUCCAACAUAGAUGCAGAUCAAUAAAAAUGCCAAGCAGGUGCCUAAAAGUUCUGAUUUUGAUCUGAAGUACUAGGUCCAAGACCAGGGAAACCAGGAACCAGGUGUGGAGGAGGAGGAAGAGGGUAGAUAGUAAUUAGGAUGGAAUGGAUGCACUGGGCAGGCAAAGGCAGGCAGUUCAUAAAAUGGUCCCUCUCUUUUUGUUUUUAAUGACUGCAAUCAUACCUGCCUCUCCACAGACCUGAAAGUCCAGAAGUUCAUCAUGAACAUCAUCUGCGACCCAGACCUCAGCAAAGUGACCAACUGCAUGGAGCAUGCCCUUCAGGCCAAAUACCCCCGCACCCGCUAUAGCGCUGGCUGGGAUGCCA